UCUGCCCCCUGGCCCAACACGCCCCUGCCUGGCUCUUUGUCUAUCCCCGUGAGCCCGCCCUCGUGCGCCGCUACUUUGACGUCUUUGCUGCCCGCCCGGCCGACCCCGUGCGCGUCGUCGUCUGGCUGGGGCCGAGGGCCGACUGGCCCGAUUAUGAGGCCGUGUUGGCGGGGCGGAAGCACUGGUCUGUCCAUGUCAUCGAGGGGGCGGGGUUGGUGCCUUAUGAGAUGAUCGUCGUCGUAAGGAGGAAUGCCGGGGUUUGAUGAUGAAGAGCAAGGAUGCGCGGUGGUGAGCGUAAUUUGGGGGAGAAACUUUGUUUCUUUGCUGUGGUGAGAGGGCCAGGUGUUCGAUUGAACCUCCGCGGCUGGACGCGGGUACGGGACGCGCUGGGAGUCACGUCGAAAGGGCAUGCCGAAGAGAGCCGGAGGAAGCGUGCGGGCACGUCAAAGGAAAGAAAGAGAGCACAACACCAUCGAGAGCUCACAUGGCACCUCCCACAGCACCAAACCCCUUACAAAACCCCCACCAGCAUCAGCAACCCACUCCCUUCUCCCACCAACACGCUUACCCAACCCAAUCCCGCAUCCCCUACAAGAACAUCAAUCAAAGCACACACCUCACAAACCACACACCACAAUGCCACGCGCACCCCCUCAACCACCACCACCACAACAACAACCACACGCACACCCCUCACCCCUCCCCCUUUGGCAACACAGCACCCUCCUCUUCGCAACGCUAAGCUACACCUCCGCGCUAGUGCAGCUGCAGCGCCUCCUGCGCCUCAUACAGCACCUCCCCUCCUUCCCAGCCACGCACGCCGCGCAGCUGUGGGCCAACCUUGGCAUCCUGCGCUUGCAUCUCGACGAGCCGGGGCUAGCGUGCGAGGCCUUUGCGCGGGCGCUGGCGGUCCAGAGUCCUGCUUCUGCUGGUGCGCGGGCUGGUACGCAUACCACGGCCCAAGCCGCAGGGGGAGAAGUGGGUGUAGCGGAGGCGGAGGCGGACAGCAGGAUUACGCGCUGGUCGGACUUUAUGCACGCGCCCGUCACCACCACAACCACCUCAUCAACACCCACGUCGCCCCUCCCCCUCCACCACUUCCUGCUCGGCACCGCGCUGGCCGCGCUCCCCGCCCCGUCGGCACGCACGCUCCGCCUCGCGCGCGCGCACUUUGCCGCUUGUCUCGCGUUCUUUGCUUCAGCUGAAGGCGAAGCCUCAGUCGAAGGUGAGGGCGAAGGAGAGUGUGAAGUGCUUGAAUUCAGCGCCUUAGGGCUGCGGGGGGUGGGCGUCGCGUGGGGAGAAGGGGAGGACAGUGCAACGGGAGAUGGAGUAAACGGCAGGCCAUGGAUGCUGGAGCGCACGCGCGUGCGCUGGAACUUGCGCGUCGUCGACGCUGCGGCGGGGGCGCUGGAAGCCGGCGCCGGCGCCGGUGAGAUGGAGCAGGAGCACCGCCGCGCGAGGGCGCUGUGUGGCCUUAAUCGGCUGCCGGCGGGCGUGUGGUGGGUUGCGCCUAUGUAGGUAGCUGGGCUGUGCUGUGAGUAGGUAGGUAGGGUCUUGUGGUUGCUGUUGAGGGUGAAGGGGGAUAGGGACGUGGUGGGAGCGUGUUGAGGUAUAAAUACUGAAGAGCGUUUAUGG